AUUCCCUCGGUGGCCGCAAGCCCUAAAGCGCCAUCUUCACUUUACUGGUGCACUCAUCCUCAAAGAUGCUAGAGCUUCGAACUAAUUACCCGGAAGAGGCCUACUCGAAACUUUAGACACCCCACGUCGCCAACACUCGGGGCAAAAUGUCGAUGACUGGAAGUUUGAUGGGUUAUGAGAAUAACAACGAGGUAAAUCAAGCCAAGUGUAAAAAGCCACUGAAACCACUUCCGGUGGUGACCAGUGUCAACGCAAGCGGGGUCACGACUGCAACCAGGUCUAGAAAAUCCAGACAAUCACAAAAGAGAGAAUCUUGCACGAGGUUCCAUGUAAACAGCCUCUGGUCUGUUUGGUAUGGAAUUAUAGCUGUUACUCUUCAAGCUUACAUUGCCACCAGAUGCGUGAAACGUUUCACAGCUUAUUUAUCACUACCAUGGCCUGUAGAAGCACCGCCGCCAAAAAUGGAGAUUCACGCUUGUCUGGUUUUAGUUGGAACGGGAAUGUUUUUACUUCUUGUACUGCUGGCAACUGCAGUCUUCAAAGUGGGCAAUCUCGCCAACGAUGGAAUAAAACUUGGUCGACAUUUGAGUGCCUGCUCACGUGAUCCACCCUCGUCCGUUCUCACCAAUAAUCCUGAUACAGGACUGGCAAAUAAUUUAUGGAGACAUGGUGGUCCAACUGCGGCGUUUGUUCAUCUUUGCACGGCCAUGUGCUUUCUUCUACCCUCGCUGCUCAUGGAGGCAAGACUAAUCCACGCUGGAUUUCUGCCAAAAGAAGCGAUAUGGAGGACGGACCUCGAUUGGGUGAUGAUUCAUCACGAUCGAUUGGUAUUACUUGGCUUUAUGAAUCCACCAAAUAAUAUGAGUCAGAUAACGCCGCAGCCUUACGUGACGUCGACACCAUUUCGAAAUUCCAAUGAGGAUCGUGAAAAUAGUUCAUCGACAUUUCACGAGAGUACAUGGGACUCGUUUAAUGAUGAAGUGGAAGAAAAUACGAAGCAAACGACAUUUUUACUGCCACACUGGACGUCGACAUCGAUUGGUGAUAGAAUUAUUAAUUUAACUACUGAUCGAAGUAGUACAUUAACGACGACGACGACGACAACAACAACAAAUGUUGAAGGAUCGUCGAGAAAAUUUGGCGAUAAUGAUGGAGAGAUGACAACCACGUUUGGUUCGAAAUUUCCGUCAAAAGUGCCAGUGACGACAAUGACGUCGAGCACAACGAGAAAACCGACACAGAGAAUUAUUGCUAGAAGUAAUUCGAUGAAAAAUCGUGCUAAGAAGCAGGGGAGCAAAAUGGGAGGGAGGAAUUUUCACGGGGGAAAUAUGACUGGACAGAGUCUUCCAUUGACGUUCAAUAGUUUGUCGGAUUUGGAUCAUCCGGAGCAUUUGAAUUUGGAAUUUAAUCCUAACGAGGGUUAUGGAAAUAUUACAAUUACCCUGGAAUAUUUGAAUUACGCGAUGGCUCUUGGCGUUUACUCAGUGAGAUAUCCAGCUGUCUUCUGGUCCUGUAACAAAGCGCUUGGCACCAUUUUCAGUCUACAGCUAGUUGUGAACUCCGCCCAGAGCUUAUUGGCUUUUACAGGAAUGUCCGUCCUUUACAAGGUUCAGGUGGUCGGACCACUGAAGGUAUUACCUUACCUUCGACAUCGAGCCAUUUCAACUGCCACAACAACGAUUUCCAAACUUUUUGGUCACUCGUUUUUUCUCCUAAAUCCUCACGCGACCCUAGGACUUUUUGCACUCUCAUCUCUAUUGGUACUUUGCUCCAGUAUGGUGAUGUAUCUCUACGCCCACGGAAGAUUUAUGGCGUUCUUGAAUCAGGAACGAGAGAGACGAGUGAUUAUAUUAAAGGAGGGACGUUAUGGAAAUGGCUGGGGCUAUAUAACACAUUGUGCAGCGCUCUGCGUCUUUCUUGCGAUUGCAUUUUGCAGUGCUCCACUGCUAUCGGACUUUGUUGUUGUGUAUCGUGGUAGUUUAGAUGGUGCAGUGUUAGUUUGCAUAAUUAGUACUGUUCUUCAUCUCUUCCUGUGGUUAAUAUUGUGGAUUUUUUUAAUAAUUAAGCAAAAGUGGAUUUUUAAAUUACGCGUUACAGUUGGUCGGGCAACGGUUAGAUCGGCGCGAUCCGUUAAAUUGGUAACGGAUGUUGAUCUACUUUCGGCGAGAGACGAGGAGGAUGGUACAACUGCUCCAUUAUUGGUGGUUGGUAAUGGUCGAACUUAUACCAUUGCCGACACUUCGCCGAAAAAGGCAAUUAUGAGUGUUAUACAGAAAGCUGCAAUGGAACGAAAAGCUCGGGGUCAAGGACUAAAUGGCGAUUCAGUGGACGGUGAAUCAGCGGCUGAUGGUGCCGAGCAAAUCUAUUGGCUGCGGCCAAAAUUUAGGCCCUCACCAACUCAAUCGCCCAAUGAUGGAGUGACGGCAACAACUGGAGAUAAGGGUUGGCUGAACAAGAAACUCAAGCCAAAAGUCACCUUUAACGACCUGCCUAGUACGUCAGGCUCGCGUAAUAAGGGAAAAGCCAGACGAGGUGUCGCUGAUGGUGGACCCGACGAUGAUGGAGACUACGCCACGUUACGUGAAUUACCAUUGAUGACAUCGUUGGACCCCGCUGAUGAUUCCACUUCUGAAGAAAAUAAGUGGGGAAGGUGGCUGGUAUCUCAUAGGACUGGUAUUCCUAAGUUUACAGAUCACGUGUCUUGGCAGCUUCUGGAGUGUGUUAACGACGAUCAAGUGACAUACUACGCAAGCGGUAACCGCGAUCUUCAACCUUCAGAGGGUGAUCCCUCCCCUCUUCUCACCCCUGACCCUUUGCCUGAUCCUGCUUCGGAGCCACUUCCGCUACCGCCGCCAACUCCGACUUCCGAACCAUCCACCGAAGUCGCCUCAGCACCCUUAAUUACUAACGCCCAGGUGAAUGGAGGUCAAACGCCACGCUGUCUACGUCGUGCCGAUUCAGGAAUGCCACACGACGAAUUAACACCACGCUCUGACUCAUCAAAUUCACCGCCCCUCGACGUGGGAAUAAAUUCCACCGGUCACAAUAGUAAUACAAGUACCAACAGUGAAACAUCAAGUGGCGUUCACAGUAACGCAAGUAACGCAAGUAACGCCUCAAGUUCCCAAAGACGAGCAACAAGCGUCGACGAUCUCACCGGUGAACCACGCGAGGAACCCCAAUGGCGCAGUUGCUCCCUACAACGUGGCGUUCAACCACCAACUGCCAAUACCGUAUUCCCCCCUCCCCCACCACCCCUCAAUCAUCAUCAUCAUCAUCACAAUCACAAUCACAAUCUCAACAACAAUAAUAAUCGAACAAACGUUAAUAAUUUCUCCCCCCAAUAUGUGAAUCACAAUGCCCUCUAUAAUGGUGGUGGUGGGGAAAUGGUUGUCGCCGGUUGUCCAGCGGUGAUACUUGAGAAUACAAACGAGGCGACAGUCGUUAUACGUCGACGAUCAUCACGUACAAAACUCAGCGAACCCCUUAAUCACAAUGAGGAGCCAUUUGGUCGUUCGACAAAUAUGCGAAUGACCUCAUUCACCGAGAAUACUGAUUUACGUUCAAUUCAAGCUUCCUCGGCAACAUUACCUCAUUAUCCCACACAACCAAUGGUAACUUAUCCACAUUGCUCGACAAUGCCAUUGCCACAUGCAUCGCACAGUAUGUCAAAUGGUACGAGUGCCAAUGGUAUUAGCGGUGGUUCAGGUAGUUGUGGUUCAGUAUCGCGAAACGUCAAUAAUUUACCAUCUGUCGUGCAACACACAAGCAUUCCAUCGCACACGACAUUACCCUCACAUCAUAAUGGCGUGAGAUUAAUUCCAGGCAAUGGUGGUGCAACAUCAUCAUCAUCAUCAACAAAUCCAUUUGUUAAACGCUUCCCAAAUGUUUCCGUUCAUACACAGGGCUGGGCCCUACCUGGACAUCAUACCUUUCCACAAUUGGCUCUCGGGCAAAAAUUACCAACAACUGCACAAAUUAGACAGAGUGAUCGUGAUUCUGCUAAUUUCUCAAUGGCAAGCAGUGGCGAUUCCGAUACUUGUCUACCGCAUUAAAAUUAGAUUUUAUAAUCAUCAUCAACAUCAUCGUUCUGUAAUUUUUAAGAGAGUUUAAUAAUGAAAUUAAUGAGAGUUCUCAUUUUCUUGGUGAUUGAUUCUCUAUUCACUGUGAAAUGAAAGGUACUAAUUUAGUACCAAUUUUAAUUACUAAAUCGUAAUUUGGUUCUGUUUCAAUACCCAAAAUCAGCUCUAAGUUAAAACCUUUUUUUACAGUGUUGAAUUACAAAAUUUAUUGUAAAUCAAAUUUUUCUUUUUUUUUAUUUAUUUUCUGAAUUUUUACCAAGGAGAUUUAUCAAUUUUCAAAAAACAUGUUCCCAAAGUCGAAUCAAUAUUCAAACAGAGCUAAUUAUUGAAUUUAAAAAUUUAGUGUUGCACUUCGAAUACGAGUCUCCUCUCGAAGAACCGAGAAUCUCGAGAAAAAAAUAAUUAAAACAAUUGAAUAUGUUAUAUUUGCAUUUCUUUUCUUUUAUGAAAGGACAGAGUCUCGUCGUGCAUCUCUAUAAAAAUUGAUCCCAACUUUUAAAUUGGGACAAGUUUCUGAUAAUAAUUGAUUGAAAAAGAAAUUUACAACCUAGAAUCAAAUUUAUUUUAUCAGGAUUCAGGAAUAAUAAUUAUUA